ACACGUUUCUUCCCCUAUUCGCAUCAGGAUCAGUGCUGAACGCUUGGCUCGGGAGAAUCAAGCGAGCUAAACACGGCUUCCAUUGCCGUGGUAGCCCCACUCCGUCUAGCUGAACUACUAGUAAAUAACUACAGUGGGUUACCUAUUCGACGUUACUUCAUGGGUACGGUGUCGCGGUCGUUCAUAGGCAAGCUAGCUAGCAGUAUCAUCCCUCCAGCGCUAGCUAGUAGCCUGCUAACGUUAGCAGCUCAGUGUUGAUUCCUUUGCAGUGUUGAUUCCUUUGACUCCAUCUACCGCUGACACUGGUGCAAAUGAGUGAACCGGGGAAGAGUUUGCUUUCUUCCCCUACUUCUUCAGGGGGGCAACCUGUGGGGUCUGACACCUACAAAGGCUGGCUGUAUAAAUGGACUAACUACUUGAAGGGCUACCAACGCCGGUGGUUUGUCCUUAGCAACGGCCUUCUGUCAUAUUACAGGACUGCCGCUGACUGGAUGACGUUUGUUUGUCGCACACUGCCGUGCGUGAAAAGCACAGGAGCCCGGACGUUUUUGAGAUACUGGAAUCAGCGCGCAUGGCACCGACGAUCAUACCACGCUCUGUCGCUUAGGUCACUCGUUUUGCCCAUUCUAGCCAUACUGUUCACAUUUUUGUGAACAGGAUGGUGUAACUAAUAAACUGACCAAUGAGUCUAUAUUUAUGGUUGCAUAUAUGAUGACAUUUGCACAUUUCAUGUAGAUAAUUGUUAUAGAUGAAGCUGUAAAUAAUAUUUUAGGUGAGAUUCAUAUUGGAAUAGCUUUUUUUUGUGGGUGGGGGGUUAUUUUACAGGAAUGACUGUCAGCGCGUACGACACUGCAUAUCUAUGUAGCAACCUACGAGACCCACCUAGGUCGUUACAUUUCUUUAUGAUGUAUAAGAUGUCUGACAUGUUUUAUCUGAUGCUUUUAGAACGUGUGGUCCUCUAAUUCAGUAACGGCCUUCACAGUUGUUAGGCACAGUUCCCUAAAACCAGUUAAGAGGGAUGUCAGCCAGACUGUUAUGCACUCAUUGUGAGGUAUUUGUCAGAGGUGUGUGUAGACACACUUGGACAUCACCACUUUCCCUGGCUGCCCUACAGUGUUUGAUGGGAAUGCAUGACUGCUCUGCCAUGUGUGUUUAUGUCACUGAACUCUUUGAGUACCAGCACAGAAUAAAGAGUUAAAUGCCCUGGCAUAACCAACGCAUGCACAUUGCACUGACAUGCACACACAAAUACACUGCCUAGCACUCACAUCGGCUAUGCUCAAGUAGGUGCAGGUGUAACAAACCAUGAGAUACUGUACUCCUAUGAAAUAUAAAUAAUUGCAUGUGUGUGUGGCUGGAUUUGUGUGGUGUGCAUGUGUGUGUGCCGUGUUGUGACAUUUCUGUCUCUAGAACUAGAUUUAGUCAGCAGACUCUUCCCUUGUCUCUGUGUGUGUACGUGUGUUGGUGUGUGUGCGUCUCUGUGCAUUAGGACUCAGGCAGAGAUGGCCCACACUUGCCGUGGCACCAUCUCCCUGACCACGGCACACAUUGAAGUGGGUGACGCGUGCCACCUGGUGCUAACCAGCGGAGGGCGGAGCUACCACCUGAAGGCCACCUCAGAUGGGGAGAGUCAGCGCUGGGUCUCUGCCCUCCAACAGGCUAAGGCCAACGCCAGUCACAUGAUGCACCAAUCAGAUGACUCUGGAGACGAGGCCCCUGUGCCCCAGCCUGACCGAGCCCUGACCCAGGGGGCUCUGAAGACCCUUGCCAGUAAGCUGGAUGACCUGAGCACCUGCAACGAGCUAAUCGGCAAGCACGGCGCCGCCCUGCAGCGAUCCCUCAGCGAGCUCGAGGACCUGCGCACGGCCACUGACGGCACCGACAAACUCAAGACUGUCAACGAGCGUGCCACACUCUUCCGCAUCACCUCCAAUGCUAUGAUCAAUGCCUGUAGGGACUUCCUGGACGUAGCAGAGACACACAGCCGGAGGUGGCAGAGAGCCCUGCAGUAUGAGAGAGAACAGCGCCACCAUCUGGAGGAGACUAUUGAACAGCUAGCCAAGCAGCACAACAGCCUGGAGAGGGCCUGGAGAGAGGCUCCCAGCACACACCCAGACGGAGGUGAGAGAACGCAGGAGGGUGACGCCAGUGAUGAGAAUGAAGACACAGAGUUCUUUGAUGCCAUGGAGGACUCCCCUGCCUUCAUCACAGUGACCGCCUCUGACCACACCCAGCACAGACGCUCCGGCAGUAACCAGAGUAUAAUGAGUGGAGGAUUACCCAAUAGUGAAUGGAGCCACAAUGAGAAUGACUCUGGCUCCAACAACGUCCAGCUGCGUAGAGUUAGACGGAGCCGCAUCCCAAACAAACCCAACUACUCCCUUAACCUGUGGAGCAUCAUGAAGAACUGCAUCGGCAAGGAGCUGUCCAAGAUCCCCAUGCCUGUAAACUUCAACGAGCCCCUGUCGAUGCUGCAGCGUCUAACUGAGGAUCUAGAGUACAGUGACCUGCUGGACCGGGCGUCUCGCUGCGAAUCGUCCCUGGAGCAGAUGUGCCUGGUGGCAGCCUUCUCUGUGUCCUCCUACUCCACCACCAUCCACCGCACUGCCAAGCCCUUCAACCCCCUGCUGGGGGAGACCUACGAGCUGGACCGGCUGGAUGACUUCGGCUACCGCUCCAUCUGCGAACAGGUCAGUCACCACCCCCCAGCCGCCGCCCACCAUGUGACGUCACAACGAGGCUGGACCCUGUGGCAGGAGAUCACUAUCGACAGCAAGUUCAGAGGGAAAUACAUCUCUGUAAUGCCAUUAGGCUGCAUCCACCUGCAGUUCCACUCCAGUGGGAAUCACUAUGUGUGGGGAAAAGUCACCUCCACGGUGCACAACAUCAUAGUGGGAAAACUGUGGAUUGACCAGUCUGGGGACAUUGAAAUAGUCAACCACAGGACCAAGGACACCUGCCACCUCAAGUUUGUCCCUUACAGUUAUUUCUCCAGAGACCUCUCACGCAAGGUGACAGGUGUGGUAGCAGAUAGCGAGGGCACGGCCCAUCACAUUAUGUCUGGUACCUGGGACGACAAGAUGGAGAGCGCCAAGAUAGUGGAGAGUAGCCGGGGAUGUGGAGGGUCAGAGGGCAAACAGAAGACCCUCUAUCAGACCCUCCAGCCCAAAGUGCUGUGGAAGAAAUACACUCUCCCGGAAAAUUCUGAGAACAUGCACUUCUUCUCCUCCCUGGCCCUGACACUGAACGAGCCUGAGGAGGGCGUGGCUCCGACUGACAGCCGCCUGAGGCCCGACCAACGGCUGAUGGAGGAGGGGCUUUGGGACGAGGCCAACGCCCACAAACAGCGUCUGGAGGAACGACAAAGGCUGGAGAGGAGGAAGAGGGAGGCACAAGCAACACAGGUCCUGGAAGAAGGCCAAGACAUCGAGGGCUUCCAGCCACUGUGGUUUGAGAGGAGGACAGAUGAUUCAACGGGGGAAAGCACUUACGUGUACAGGGGUGGAUACUGGGAGGCCAAAGACAAACAGGACUGGAGCCAAUGCCCUGAGAUCUUCUAAGGCUCCACCCCUGGGACUGUGACAUCACUGGAGGGCAGAGCUGAGGGACUGAUGGACAAGCAGAGGGAGGGGUCCACAUGCUGCAAACACAUUGACAUGUGGCCAACUCUUUGUCCAUGUGUGUGUAUUUGUUUGUGUUCCAGAAAGAAGGAGCCCUCCAUGCCAAACUUCAAGAACAUUCUCUGUCCCCAUCACUGACCAGUGUGUUUCGCAAGCAUGGCCUCGUGUGUGUGUGUGUGCGUGCGUGGCGCAACAGAGUAAGUUAGAGAGAUAACCUAUUUGAGAUAUUUUGAUUAAGAGUUACAAAAUAGAGUUAUUGCAUGGAAACCCAUAUUUAUUUGAGGUGGUAUGUCUAGUGGUGCCUGGUGCCCCAUUGAUCUGGUAAUAAGGUAAUAACUACCGUAAGUGUAUAAUAUUAUAGAAUAAUAUUGGGACAAUUGUAUGGAUAAGUAGGGGGGAAAGUGAAAGAGGUUGUGUUUUGGUUCUAGGAUGUCCUGUUCCAGUCUGAGCAACUAUCUCCAAUAUAUACCAAGGGUACAAAACAUUAGGAACACCUUCUUAAUAUUGAGUUGCACCACCUGCUGCCCUCAGAACAGCGUCAAUUCGUUGGGGCAUGGACUACAAUGUGUCAAGCGUUCCGCAGGGAUGCUGGCUCAUGUUGACUCCAAUGCUUCCCACAGUUGAGUCAAGUUGGCUGGAUGUCCUUUGGGUGGUGGACCAUUCUUGAUACACACAGGAAACUGUUAAGCAUGAAAAACCCAGCAGCAUUGCAGUUCUUGACACACGCAAACCGGUGUGACUGGCACCUACUACCAUACCCUGUUCAAAGACGCUUACAUAUUUUGUCUUGCACAAUCACCCUCUGAAUGGCACACAUACACAAACCGUGUCUCAAGGCUUGAAAAUCCUCCUUUAACCUGUCUCCUCUCUUCCAGCUACACUGAUUUGAAGCAGAUUUUUUUUAGGUGACAGCAAUAAGGGAUCAGAGCUUUCACCUGGAUGCCGUGUCAUGGAAAGAGCAGGUGUUCCUAAUGUUUCGAAUACUUUACAUAUCUAUGCAUAUCUAUAUGUAACUAUGCAUAUCUAUAUGUAACUGUGCAUAUCUAUAUGUAACUAUGCAUAUCUAUAUGUAACUAUGCAUAUCUAUAUGUAACUAUGCAUAUCUAUAUGUAACUAUGCAUAUCUAUAUGUAACUGUGCAUAUCUAUAUGUAACUGUGCAUAUCUAUAUGUAACAUUGUGCAGUGCCAGUGUUUCCUUCCGUUGCAACAGCUAGGCACUCCCCAGAUGUGUAACUUAACAGUGCAUUUCUGCAGUGCAUGAAAACACCCAUGUAGUGGACGCUGAUAUCACUGAAUACUUUUGAUCUGUACAGACCUCAUCUCAGAAACCAAGAACUAAAGUCUUUACCAGUUAUGUUACAUGCGUCUUUCCAUGAGAGAUUAGUACAGACCAAAAACUGUAGGGGAAUUUUGAGUAUGUAAGAAGCUACCCACGAUUAUGAUCAUUCGUAAACGAUAUCGAUUGUGUUCUAAUGUCUUGAUUUCUCAAAUGUUGAUGAGGGUGCAUUAUGAACAGACAAAAUGUUAAAUCUUAACAAAUGAUUCCACCCUGUGCAAUGAAAUGUUUCAAUGUCUUAUAUAUUUUUUUAAAUAUUAAGAAAUCGUCUGAAUUAUACUAUAGGACGUGUAAUGUCGAGUUGCACAGUGCAAAGGAGGUGUGUACUCCAAUUAUUACACAUCUUUGUGUUUGACUGCAGGCAUUUAAACAUGCACCAUCAAUGAACUCAGACCAGUGUUGUGGCACCACUUGUAGCUAAUGCAUGGUUUAAUGUGCUCAUGCACUGCUGCCUAGUAUUAAUUAGGCAUUAGCCUCAAUAGCUGUUUCUAGACUUCACUCACAGAAGAACAUCGUGUGAAUUCACCUCUUGUGCCCUAGGUCUUCGAAAAUUAACUUUUUUUUGCUUGAGCAAACAAACUGUCUCAAUGUGGUCUUUGUAAACAUCCACAGUGUUAUCAGAGAUGGUCUAUAAUGUAGUAACCAGCUUUGGUGUCAUGCAGUUCUCAACUCAAGACAUAGAUGAAAAAUAAAUUAGACAAGUUGAAGACUCAAGCCAAGAGGAGAUUUCCCCUGAGACAGUCUGUCUGAUCUGGGCUAGCCGGUCUGAUGGGGCUGCACACUCCACAUUACUCGUUUGACGUUAUCUUGGCUCUAGCACACAUGUAUUCAAGGUACCACUCAAUAAAAGCAAUUCAAUCUAA